GGGAGAUUGAUCUGGUGAACCAGUGGGUGCGGGAGCGACUGCCGACGCGGGAAAAGCACUCAACAUGCGCAUCGCCGUCGGGAGCCUCCUGCGCCUGGGCUUGGGCUGCGUGGUUCCCUGCGCUCCGGGGGCGCCUCGAGCAGCCUCUCAGCUGCCUGUAUCCGCUCUCCGGCUCUGUGGUCUCCCUCGCUACUCCAGUGGUGAGAACCGCUGCGGUCCUGAUUCCCAAAGUCACGGAAAGGUUCACAGGGUCCUCGCCCAGCACAAGCCUACACAAUUCGACAAGAAAAUCCUGGUGUGGACCGGUCGUUUCAAAUCGAUAGAGGAGAUCCCGCCUCGGGUUCCGCCUGAAAUGAUAGAUGCUGCAAGAAACAAAGCCCGAGUGAAAGCUUGUUACAUAAUGAUAGGACUCACAAUUAUUGCCUGUUUUGCAGUGAUAGCAUCAGCCAAAAGGGCUGCAGAACGGCAUGAAUCCUUAACAAGUUGGAACUUGGCAAAGAAAGCAAAGUGGCGUGAAGAAGCUGCAUUGGCUGCACAGGAGAAAGCUAAAUGACAUUCUUACAGGGUGUUCCCUUGAAUACCAUCACUACCAGAAACAAUAAAAGAUAGGUAAAAUAGAACAUUUUAAAAAUAUGCCAUGGUUUUAUUUUUGUAGUAAGAAACACAGUCUUGUUUAUUCAUAUUUUUAGCAAACUUUUAUUAAAAAAAUAGUGCACAAAAAACUAUAUAUAGUUUGAAGAGAGUCUCAGAGAACAUACUUAUAUAAUCACUGCCCAAGUCAAAAAGUAGAAUAUCAAUAGUACCUCUGAAGCCUUUCUGCUCUUUCUCAAGUUAUCACUCCCUAAAGAUAACCAUCAGUUCUGAUUUUCAUCACCAUACACUGGUUUUGCCUGUUUUUGAACUUUAUAUACAUGAAGUCAUUAAGUAUGCACAUGUGUGGAUUCUUAACAUAAUUCAUUCCUUUUAACGGCUUUAUAAUAUUCCACUGUAUGAAUAUGCCAAAUUACCUGGAUGCUUGGUCCAGUUUUUGGUUACUGGAGAAUGCUAAAAUGAUCAAUUUGUGCGUGUCAUUAAAAUUAGCUUAAACUAAACCAUUAAGGGUUCUUUAAAAUCAAAAUGGCAGUCGUCUUCAAACUUGUUUGAAUAACACUAAUUUAACUUUUUAAAUUAUAUAUCUCAUCCCUGUAUAUUCUUAAUUUGGCAUUACAUUUUAAAAUCAUAAAUGUAAAUUUUUAUCCUCACAAGGUGCUUUUCUUAGAAAAGAUUUAGAACAAAUGUCUUAAAUAUCCUAAAAGAAAAAAAAAUAACUAGAAAAACUCCAAACGGACUAGAAGAUUGAUAAUUAUAAAAUUAAGGGCAGAAACUAAUGAAAUAAGUAAAAGGUUACAGAAGAACAAUGUAACAAAAUUUGGCAAAUCAUUAAGAUUAAAAAAAGAUAAUAUUAGAAAUGAUAAAAGGGAUUAAAGUUCACAUUUGAUACAUUUCAUUAAAGUCCAUAUUCUUCUUUUCUAAAGAACAUUAUGCAUUGCUAUUCUAUUGUGUGCUUCUGGCCAAAAUGGGAUAAUAAGGACUAUUAUUUACCUCUAGCCUGAAACAACUAAAACAUGAGACAAAAAUAUGAAACUAACAACAGACAUCAGGUAGUGAGCAGUGAGUGAAAUAAAGGAGUCCUAUUGUGGUGCCAUUUUACUUAUAAGGGGAUAUCAAGACUGCAGGACACAGAAGGGAAAGCCAGGAUGAGCUUGGAAGACUGAGUUGGGGACAGAGUUGGAAGGCCAGGACAAGCAGAGUUCACAGAAUGCUGUCCCCAGGGGACAGAGUUAUACAGGCUGAUAUGCAGUGGGUCUGUGAGUGUUCAGCUUAGUUGAUCACGUGACCACCCUGAGACCAUCAAAAUAACCACCUGAAAGGACAAGGGGAAACAUAUUACCGGUAAUUCAUGGAGUAUCACAGUAUUCAGAAUGAAACUGCUUCGGGAGUAAAAUAAAGGCUGUCCUGUGUCUGCCUCACAAAGUUUGAAAGCAAGCCUAUAAAGAUCCAGUAUUUCCCAAGUAACUUAAUUGUAUCUCAUGAAAAAGCUCAAGAAAACAACUGGGUUGAUUCUGUAUCUUAAUUAUGAAUUGUGCUGCAAAACAUGGGAGAGAAGGAAUCUCUUUGGUAUAUUGAUUUCACUUCUCAUGGACAUAUAACCAGAAGCAGGCUCAUUAUCAUUAGCCAACAGAAAUGCAAAUCAAAACCACAAUGAGAUACUAUUUCACACCAGUUAUAAUGGCUAUUAUCAAAAAGACAAAAAAGUUACAAAUGCUGUUAAGGAUGUGGAGAAGAGAGAAAUCUUAUACUUUAAUUAAUAGAAUGUAACUUAGCAGAGUCAUUACGAAUAGUAUGGAAGUUUCUUAAAAAACUGAAAACAAAUCUAUCAUUUGGGUAUUAAUAUUUUAUUCUGACAAUCUCUGCUCUUUAACUGGAAUCUUUAAAUCAUUAAAAAUCACUGUGAUUAUUGAUGUAAUUGAGUUUAGAUCUACCAUCUUGCUAUUCGAAUUUUUUUGUCUCCUUUUUCCUCCUCUUCUGCCUAAUUUUGGAUUAAUCAAGUAUGUUUUUAUGAUUCCACUUUAUCUUCUUUGGUGGUUUUAUAAAGUAGAUGGAAUGUUAACCAACAAUGGCAUCUGGUUUUGCUCCCUGUUAGGAAUAAAUAAUCAUGAGAACAAAUUAAUGAGACACAUUUACAUAAAUGCAAUUGUAAAAUAGCAUUUUAUUAUUUUUAAUAUAGUGUUGUAACAUUUCUUAAUGUCGCAUACUGCUCAUAUAUUGGUUUAUUUAUUUAGGUAAGAAUAUCCUCCUCCUCACCUGACCCCCAAUCAAAAUUUAAAGAUACACUAUCCCUUGAGAGCCCUAUUAUACUGGCUCCUAACAUGUCUGCAUUUCGUAAAACAAUACUAUGAACUAAAAUAAAUAAAAAAGUUAGCAAUACUUAGAUUUCACAGUUUCACAAUUAAGCAACCAACAGAUUGCUGAAUUUAGAACACCAACAAAAAAUCCACUAAUGCUUUUUCAUAUUUACUUUUUUUCUAUAAUGCUCCUUCUUAAGAAAAGAAAAAAUAUAAAGAGAAAGGCAAUAAAUUCUUUUACCCAGUAAAUGAACCUUUAACUGCAGAUAGGUUUUACAGUUACUAAAUCAUAUAUUUAUUUCUGUGCCAGCAGAUUUUAUUACUUUUUUUUUUCUUUCUUGUUCUGGUACUACCAAUAAUUGAACAAAUGACAUUAAAAUUAAGGACACUAAAAGUUAGAAUUACCUUUCAGAAUAAAACAAGUCAAUGAGUCAAAUACUUACAAAACAAAUAAGAGUAAUUGCAUAGAUUAACUAGUAGAAAUUUAAAUUCAGACAAAAUAAAAUACCAUAUUUAAUUCAAAUUUAAUUAAAUGAAAUGAACUCUUUCAAAAAAGUAUUUUCUUGACAAAUGUAUAAAUGCUGUAUAUAUUCCCUUUUAUGCACAUUUUUAUUUCAUUUAACUUUAUUUGGCACAGUUUCUCUGGGAUGUAAAUGUAAUAUAUCUUACAAAAGCCAAUCAAAAAUAUUUUUUUUUCAUAAAGGACAGUGAAUAUUAAUGAGAAUACAUUUUGGAGCAUUUUAAAUGGUACAAUUGAAAAGAGUAGUCCCAUUUUUUCCACAUAUUUUUCUUUUGGACUUAACCCAGGAGUGCUUUACCACUGAGUUACAUCCCCAGCCCUUUUUAUUUUUUAUUUUAAGACAGUAUAUGUUUUUAAGAGUGGUAAUAUUUUUAACAAAUUUUAAAAACAAAGUAUUUCUCUGUCUUGAUCCAAUAAAUUCCUCACCAGGCCUAAAUCUAGUUAAGUACCCUUUUCAUUUGAAUAUAAACAAAUUACUAGCCAAGUAACAUAUCCAAGAAAUUAAAUAGAAGUUUUAUAUUUAAAUGCUUAACUUAAUAUAUGUCAUAUUCUAUACCUAGAGAUACAUUUGCUUUAUUAGAAAAACAUUUUAAGUCUCCCUUGACAAGUCAUUCAAUGUGUGCCUGCAUGUGCACACA